ACUAUGGUUAAUAUUUAAUUUGUUUGGGUUAAGAUGAAGAUGAAGAAUAAUCUUUAUUAACUAGGUCACAUUUUUUUGGUUUUUAACUUUUUACCUUUGUUCUUUCCCCUUCUUUGCAAACAUCCACCCCUCUCCUUUAUCUCCUUUAAUCCUUUUUUUUUCUCUCUCCCUAGAAUCAUCUACUUUAUUCUCCUUCCUAAAAAGCAAACCAUCCCCCCCUUUGAAUUUGAUCCUCCUUUGCAUUCACAAACAACAUAUAUUAUUGGCUACUUAGCUACUUACUUCUCUCAACACAAAUAAAAAAACAUGAUGGGAUCACCUUCAUCAGAGCUAACCCUAGAAUUCAAACCCUACACUUACUCCAUGUUAUUGAAAUCAUUCGGAGAAGAUCAAACCGGUCAGAAUAUCGAAGAUUUCCUUACUCGUCUCGAAGAAGAACGUCAAAAGAUCGAUGCUUUCAAACGCGAACUUCCACUCUGCAUGCAACUCCUAACUAAUGCAAUGGAAGCAUCAAAGCAACAAUUACAGAGUUACAAGGCUACCCAUGUUCAAAAACCUGCAGUACUUGAAGAAUUCAUACCCAUUAAGAAUAAUAAUAUUAAUAAAUCUUCGUCUGAAUUAAGCUUGGAUAAGAAGAACUGGAUGACUUCAGCUCAGUUAUGGAAUGGAAAUGUUAAACAAACAACUCUUAAGGAAGAUUUGAAUGAUGUUGGAUUUAACGUUAGUCCGAAACAGAGGAAGGGGGGAGACAGGGGAGGUGGGUUUCUUCCGUUUUCUAAGGAGAUGAGUUCGAAUUUACCGGCGGCGCCGCCGUUGCCGGAGCUGGCACUUGCCUCUGUAGAAAUGGAGGAGGAUCAGAAAUGGGCUAUUUCCGGCGGUGGAAAUAAUGUUUCCGGCGGUGGGUCUACAAACAAUCAGACUAAUAGGAAAGCAAGGAGAUGUUGGUCGCCGGAUUUGCAUCGCCGGUUUGUUAAUGCUCUUCAAAUGUUGGGUGGUUCUCAAGUGGCUACACCGAAACAGAUCAGAGAAUUGAUGAAGGUUGACGGGUUGACCAAUGACGAAGUAAAAAGCCAUCUCCAGAAGUACAGACUUCACACAAGGCGACCAAGCCAUAGUCCACAGACAACAAGUGGUCAACCAACACAGCUAGUGGUGCUCGGAGGUAUCUGGGUUCCACCGGAGUACGCCGCCGCCGCCGCCCACGGAGCCUCUCCCCAUGCACUAUACGGUUCACAUCCAUCAGCACACUAUUGUGGGCCUCCGGUGGGGCAAGAAUUUUACUCAACCGCCGCUAUGCCGCCGCCGGCGGUUGGUGCAAUAUCCCACCACCAGAACCACCACCAGCAGUUGCUUCAUCAUCAUCAGAUUCCCAUUUACAAGGCUUCGUCGACAAACAACUCGCCGAAUUCUGACGUCAGAUCGGAGAGUAUUGAAGACGGUAAGUCGGAGAGCAGCAGCGGUGGAGAUGACGGCGGAGAGAGGAAAGGAGUGGCGGCGAUGAGAGGAGAGGGUGAAGAGAGGACCGGUGAAAUUAGGUUGAAGUUUUAGGGUUUGAUUAGGGUUAAGAAGAUUGUAGGAUUUUGGUAAAAGUAAAAAAAUUUAUUGGUUAGGGCAGAGGGGUAAAAGGUAAAUGUGGUUAUUUUUUCUUUUUUUUUAUCGUAUAGUGUAAUGGCAGAUUUACCCUCUUCCAUCGGCUUGCUUUGUCUUUUCACCAAAACCUAUGAAGAUAAUUAUUUACUAAUAAUAAAUCUUUUCACGAAUUUCUAAGAA